UAACUUUUUUUAUAUUUUUUGUAAUGGGAAGCGAUCGCACGUCAAAAAAGCUAAAGAUGUCGGUCCUGCAACAACUUAAACAAAUCACCACAAUAGUGGCUGACACCGGCGACUUUGAAGCCAUCAAUAUCUACAAGCCAACGGAUGCCACGACAAAUCCUUCCCUUAUUUUAUCGGCGUCGUCCAUGGAACGGUACCAGCCCUUGGUACAGAAGGCAGUGGACUAUGCUAAGAGCCAAAAAGGUUCUUUGAACGAUCAAGUUUCCGAGGCAAUGGACUAUUUGUGCGUGCUGUUUGGAACCGAAAUUCUGAAAGUUGUUCCUGGAAGGGUGUCUACGGAAAUAGACGCCCGAUUGUCAUUCGACACAAAGAACAGCGUGGCGAAGGCAUUGAAGCUGAUCAAUCUGUAUAAAUCCCUUGGAAUCGAAAAGGAACGCAUCCUGAUCAAAUUGGCAUCCACCUGGGAGGGAAUCAAGGCGGCAGAGAUUUUGGAAAACGAGCAUGGUGUGCACUGCAACCUGACCCUUCUGUUCUCAUUCGCGCAGGCAGUGGCAUGCGCAGAGGCUGGUGUCACCUUAAUCUCCCCUUUUGUGGGACGGAUAUUGGAUUGGUAUGUGGCCAACACGGAUAACAAGAAGUAUGAGCCUCUAAAGGACCCUGGCGUGAUUUCGGUAACGAAAAUCUAUAACUACUAUAAGAAGUACGAUUACAAAACCCUUGUUAUGGGGGCGUCAUUCCGGAAUGUGGGCGAAAUCAAAGCGCUCGCUGGAUGUGAUUUGCUGACGAUUAGCCCGUCGCUGCUGAAGGAACUGGAGAACGAUAUCGAUUCGGUGACCACAUAUUUGUCGGUUGACAAUGCAAAGGUGCAGGACAUCGAAAAGAUUGCCGUGGACGAGAGCAAAUUCCGUUGGUUGCUCAAUGAAGAUCCAAUGGCAACUGAUAAACUUUCCGAGGGCAUUCGAAAAUUUGCAGUGGACACCGUGAAGCUGGAGAAAUUGAUCAAAAGUUACUUUAAGUAAGCCCUUGGGCUUUCUCCGGUACCAGUUUCAAACCACGUGUAUGCGUUGUAAUGGGUGGAGGAUGAAACAUGUUUCAAAAAACAUAUAUUUUUGUACUUGAAUAAAAAUUAAAA